AACAGCCAAGAAAAUCCGAAAGAGAACAUACGCCCGUGUUCUGUACGAGUGCAAUACGUAGGAAGAUCUCAAGAUAUUCGGAAUUUUCCAUUUCUUUCCUGUUCCCCGCUUAUAAAGAUAUCAUCUCCUUUCGUCGUCUCUGAUCCAAACAAAACAAUCAAGAACAAGAGCAGGAAGCUUUUUUCUUUCCAUUUCAGUGCAGAAUCAAAUCAAUCAAGAAGGGAAACAUGGCAUCAAACGAAGCGGGAAGGCCUCUGCCGAAAUUCGGGGAAUGGGACGUGAACGAUCCGGCCACGGCCGAGGGAUUCACGGUCAUAUUCAGCAAAGCCGGAGAAGAUAAGAAGAUGGGCCGGAACUCGAGUAAAGCCGUUUCUCAGAGGAAACCAGACGGUAAACCAGCAGCCGCCAAGAAAUGGCUCUGUUUCACUUUCUCGUAGACCAUAUGAUGUUUGCAAAAGAUUCUUCAUUUCUGUGGAGAUUUAGCUUUGAGAUCGUUGAAGCCGAAAAUGUAUUUUCUGUAACGAUGUUACGAUAUUAGAGAAAACGUGUAGGAUCAUCUUUUCCGUUGUCUUUUUCAGACUGCUGGAACAAGUUUGAUGUGUUUCUGUAAUGAUGUUCAGGAUCAUGUUUUGUCCCUUAAGGUUUCGUGAUUAGUACGAGGAAAUGGACA